ACGACAACUCGGAUACUGCCCCUAAUCAACCGAUCCAUCUUUGCAUUGUUUUUGGGUUCUGUCUCUCUUACUUUCUCUCUCUCUCAAAAAUCUCUACUUCUCCUCCGUUUCUACGUUGAUCGGAUCUAGGGUUUCUAGACUCCAUUUUCCGAUCUAAUCAAUCCCGAUUUUUCUCUCUAGCUUUUUUCGUUUUGUUCCCACUUCCAUUUCCAGAUCGAAGCUAGAACGAGAUAAUCAAUUGUCGACAUCAUUUAUUUGUUCUACUAAUUCUUUUACAUGGCCACCCAAAAUUUUGUUCCUUACAUGAUCUUUGAUCAGUUGAACUCUGUCAUGCAUGCGUGUGGAGUGCUGUUUGUCUUUGAAGGUUAUGGAAGCAUAGACGUACAACAUUGACGAGGUUGUUUUUUGAAAGCCAUGGGGACUGAAAAUCCUGGUCGUCCAAAUUUUCCUUUGGCAGCUUCCACCACACCAUUUGCUGCUCCUCCUCCAACUAUGACACCAUUUUCAUCAUCUGGUCCUAUGGUUGGAUUAGAGGCCUCUGGCUUUAGAGCUACUCCACCAGCGGUUCCUCAAACUACAAUACCUUCUACAUUAUCUGGGCCUGCAGGUGGCUCACAGACCCCUGAUUUUAGACCUGCUCCUCCAGCAUCAUAUGUGCCCUCUGCUGUUGGACCCUUCCAGCGUUUCCCAACGCCACAAUAUCCUACUACACCUCAAACUCAAACUCCAUCAGCUGGAGCUCCUCCUAUUGGGCAGCCAUCAUUUCAACCUCCUGGUCAGGUAUCAUCCCCACUUUUAUAUCGUCCACAGCCACCGCAGAUGCCUUCUGUACCAAUGGGAUCUCCUCCUCCUUCAAAUGUGAAUGUUCCUCAAUCUUCAUCGGAUUCAUCAUUUUUUACUGCCAGGCCCAAUUUUCAGCCAUCUUUUCCUCCAGCAGAUCCGUCUUAUCCUCCUUCUAGAGCCACGUUGCAGCCACCUUUACCUGGAUAUAUAAAGCAAUCGGCUGCAGUUUCACAAGCCCCUCCUAUGCAGUCCCCUUUUCAAGCUCAACAAGGAAGUUACGUACCUCCUCCUCCAACGCAAUCUUCCCCUUUUCCUUCUCACCAAGGAGGUUUUGGUCAACCUCCGCCAGUAGCUGCCUCUUUUGGCUUGCAUUCAAGGGAGCAAAUCCAACAGCCAGGCUCCGUACCUCCUAUAGGUGGCAUCCAAGGCUUAUUGGAAGAUUUCAGCUCACUUUCGAUUGGGUCUAUGCCAGGAUCAAUAGAUCCAGGACUUGAUCCAAAAGCAUUGCCAAGGCCAUUGGAUGGUGAUGUGGAGCCAACUCCAUUACCUGAAGCAUACUCUAUGAAUUGUGAUCCUAGAUAUCUACGGCUUACAACUAGUGCUAUACCAAAUUCUCAGUCUUUGGUUUCAAGGUGGCAUUUACCUCUUGGAGCAGUUGUUUGUCCUCUUGCAGAAGCUCCAGAUGGGGAGGAGGUGCCAGUACUUAAUUUUGUUUCAACUGGCAUUAUUCGUUGUAGAAGAUGUCGUACGUAUGUGAAUCCAUAUGUAACCUUUACAGAUGCUGGAAGAAAGUGGCGUUGCAACAUCUGUUCUCUACUUAAUGAUGUUCCUGGUGAGUAUUUUGCCCAUUUAGAUGCCACUGGUAGAAGAGUUGAUUUGGAUCAGCGACCUGAGCUUACAAAGGGUAGUGUGGAGUUUGUUGCACCAACUGAGUACAUGGUGCGGCCUCCGAUGCCACCAUUAUAUUUCUUUCUCAUUGAUGUUUCAAUAUCGGCUGUUAGAAGUGGCAUGAUUGAGGUUGUGGCCCAAACUAUUAAGUCUUGUUUGGAUGACUUACCUGGCUUCCCCAGAACGCAGAUUGGGUUUAUCACUUAUGACAGCACAAUACAUUUUUAUAACAUGAAGUCAUCAUUGGUGCAGCCUCAGAUGAUGGUGGUUUCAGAUUUGGAUGACAUAUUUGUUCCAUUGCCUGAUGAUCUCCUUGUUAAUUUGUCCGAAUCAAGAAGUGUUGUAGAGGCAUUUCUAGAUAGUUUACCAUCCAUGUUUCAGGACAAUAUGAAUGUGGAAUCUGCUUUUGGUCCAGCUUUAAAAGCAGCAUUCAUGGUUAUGAGCCAACUUGGCGGAAAAUUGUUGAUUUUCCAGAAUACCAUGCCAUCUAUUGGUUUUGGCCGCUUAAAGUUGCGUGGGGAUGAUCUUCGUGUUUAUGGAACAGAUAAAGAACAUGCUUUAAGAAUACCAGAGGAUCCAUUCUAUAAGCAAAUGGCAGCUGAUUUUACCAAGUACCAGAUAGGAGUUAAUGUAUAUGCGUUUAGUGACAAGUACACUGAUUUAGCUUCCAUAGGGACUCUGGCUAAAUAUACUGGAGGACAGGUUUAUUAUUACCCAAGUUUUCAAUCUGCUAAUCAUGGAGAGAAGUUGAGGCAUGAGCUGGCUAGGGAUCUUACAAGGGAAACUGCCUGGGAAGCUGUCAUGCGAAUAAGAUGCGGGAAAGGGAUUCGGUUUACAUCUUAUCAUGGGAACUUCAUGCUAAGGUCCACAGAUUUACUAGCACUUCCAGCCGUUGAUUGUGAUAAAGCAUAUGCAAUGCAGUUAUCACUUGAAGAGACAUUGUUGACAACUCAGACAGUUUACUUCCAAGUUGCUUUGCUAUACACUGCAUCUUGUGGAGAGAGGCGUAUCAGAGUACACACAGCAGCAGCUCCAGUGGUUGCAGAUUUGGGGGAGAUGUAUCGCCAGGCUGAUACAGGUGCCAUUGUUUCUUUGUUUUGUCGGUUAGCAAUUGAAAAAACGUUGUCCCAUAAGUUGGAAGAUGCACGAAACUCUGUACAGCUAAGGAUUGUAAAAGCUUUAAGAGAAUACCGCAAUCUCUAUGCUGUGCAGCAUCGCUUGGGGGGACGGAUGAUAUAUCCUGAGUCUCUAAAGUUCUUGCCUUUGUAUGGAUUAGCACUUCGUAAAUCAACACCUCUCCGCGGAGGGUAUGCUGAUGUUCAGCUUGAUGAACGCUGUGCUGCGGGAUUUACGAUGAUGGCAUUACCUGUUAAGAAAAUGAUGAAACUUUUAUAUCCUAGCUUGAUUCGGGUGGAUGACCAUCUUUUAAAGCCUUUAGCCAAAGCUGAUGAGUUCAAAAACAUCACGAGGUUACCACUGACAAUGGAGAGCUUAGAUUCUAGAGGUCUUUAUAUAUAUGAUGAUGGUUUUCGCUUUGUUUUAUGGUUUGGUAGAAUGCUUUCACCUGAUAUAGCAAUGACUCUACUUGGGCCAGAUGCAGCAGCUGAGUUAUCCAAGGUUACACUCAGUGAGCGGGAUACUGAAAUGUCAAGGAAGUUAAUGGAGAUCCUUAAAAAAUUAAGGGAGAGUGAUCGAUCAUAUUAUCAGCUGUGCUAUCUUGUAAGGCAAGGUGAGCAGCCCAGAGAAGGCUUCCUUGUCCUCACAAACCUGGUGGAGGAUGCAAUUGGGGGUACAAAUGGAUAUGUUGAUUGGAUGCUGCUAAUACAUAGACAAGUCCAACAAAAUGCAUAAUUGACAGGAUUAUUGUGUGGGCCCCAUUUGUAGACUGACGAAUAUCACAAAUAGUCUGAACUGGUCAUGUGUUUCCUUCAAAAUUGUGGGAUGGUUGAGUCGAAGACAAGUUCUGAAACAACAAUUUGUUUGGCACAUCACAGGAUUUAAUAAUUAGAGUGAGAUGUACUUAGCAAAUUAGCAUGGUGCCGCAGUUUUUACCUGGGAAAGCCAAGCCGGAUCAAAUUUUUGUAUCUGAUAGCUCAAUAAUUAUCAGCAAUUCCUAUAGUUGUGCUAUAUUCUUCUCUAUUUUCAAAAAUUUUGAACUUAAGUUAGGUAUUUGUUUGCCUAGAGUGGUGUUAUCCAUUGCUUACAAAAUUGUUGUCGUUUGCAUAUUGCUCUAUUUACAGCAACAAUUUAAUCAGAAAAAGCAACUCUUUUGUGGUCAA